GUUAAAGUUAGGUUUUCUUGGGAGACAUUCGCGAAGUGAAAAUACCGGGAAGCACUAAAACUAUACUGCACUAUUCUCUGCUCUUUUGGUUGUUAAUGGAGUUUACAGCUUCUUCUUCUUCUACUAGGGUUUUGAAUACUAUCUGUCAGUUCUCAUGUUUAACAACACCAACACUUAAAAAAUCAAGCUGCUUCUUUAAUCAUUCAAAUGCUUCGCUUCGCUUCCCGGCAAUAUUCUCUCGCGCUGAUUUGUCUUGCAAAUCAACUCUCAAAGAAACCUCUAUCUAUACGUCUAAGAUGGCUGCGCGGGAUUUUGAGCUAUCGAGUUUAACGGCGUUGUCUCCUUUGGAUGGGCGGUAUUGGGGUAAAGUGAAAGACUUGUCUCCUCAUAUGAGUGAAUAUGGGCUAAUCUUUUAUCGGGUUCUAGUUGAGGUUAAAUGGCUGCUGAAGCUUUCACAAAUUGCUGAAGUCAUUGAGGUCCCCAACUUUAGUGAAGAAGCUCAGUCUUUCUUGCAAGGAUUGAUUGAUGGGUUUAGCUUGGAUGAUGCCUUGGAGGUUAAGAACAUUGAGAAAGUGACGAAUCAUGACGUAAAAGCAGUGGAAUACUUCUUGAAAAAGAAAUGCCAAUCUCACCCAGAGAUUGCUAAGGUCCUUGAAUUUUUCCAUUUCGCUUGUACAUCUGAGGAUAUCAACAAUCUGGCCCAUGCAUUAAUGCUGAAAGAGUCAAUGAACAAGGUUAUGUUUCCUGUAAUGGAUGAAUUGAUCAAAGCAAUAUGCAAAAUGGCCGAAGAUAAUGCUUCCAUUCCGAUGCUUUCUCGCACUCAUGGACAGCCAGCUUCACCCACAACUUUGGGAAAGGAAAUGGCAGUUUUUGCUGUCAGGUUAAGUGAACAAAGGCAGGAAAUUUCUCAAGUUAAGAUAAAGGGAAAGUUUGCUGGUGCUGUUGGAAAUUAUAAUGCACAUAUUGUUGCAUAUCCAAAUGUCAAUUGGCCUCUAAUUGCUAAAGAGUUUGUGGAAUCUCUUGGAUUGUAUUUCAAUCCCUAUGUUACUCAGAUUGAACCACAUGACUAUAUGGCAAGACUUUUUCAAGCAAUUAUUGUAUUUAACAAUAUAUUGAUUGAUUUUGAUAGAGAUAUAUGGGGCUACAUAUCCUUAGCAUACUUUAAGCAGAUAACUAAAGCUGGUGAGAUUGGGUCGUCAACUAUGCCUCACAAAGUAAAUCCUAUUGAUUUUGAAAAUAGCGAAGGUAAUCUUGGUAAAGCCAAUGGAGGGUUAUCUCAUCUCAGUGAGAAGCUACCGAUUUCACGCUGGCAGCGUGACUUGACUGACUCCACUGUUUUAAGGAAUAUGGGGGAGGGCUUGGGCCAUUCUCUUCUUGCUUACAGAAGUGCAUUGCAAGGAAUUGGAAAGCUUCAGGUGAAUGAAAGUCGCUUAAGUGAAGACUUGAACCACUCAUGGGAGGUGCUUGCUGAACCAAUACAGACUGUAAUGCGCCGUUAUGGUGUUCCAGAGCCUUACGAGAAGCUAAAAGAACUAACUAGGGGAAGAGCUGUUACCAAAGAAAGUAUAAGAGAAUUCAUUGAAGGCUUGGAAUUGCCAAAAGAAACAAAGGCUUAUCUUUUGGAACUGUCACCCCAUAACUAUGUGGGAGCAGCUAUUGAAUUGGGUAAAACCGUUGAUGUUACUAUGAAUUUAAUAAAUGGGGUUACAGCUUUAUGAAUUGAUAGUUGAAAGUUGCUGGUAUUAUGGCCAUGAAUGCUGACCGGAUAUUGUCAUAAGAUCAAACACUAUACUGUUGCAUGGAUUGCAACCAGGUAGAAUACUGAGAUUCAGGAGAAAAGGAUGCCAGAUUUCCUGCUUAAAAAACAUUUUUUAGUUAUUGAAGAGCAAUCACCAUUUCAUACGUGUAUCAGAGUAGUAGACUAGUUGGCUGUUACCUUCACAUGAUUUCAUAGUCCUUUAAGAGGGGAACCUAUGAAGUUCUGUUUCUGCAUCUUUAUAGUACUCAAUACUGCUGUUUUAUGAUUUUUACUAUAGUAUCAAACGAUGAUCCUCAGAGAGAGGACUGAAAUUUUGUAAUGAUCUUGUUGAGCUUAAAAUCGAUUGCUGGGUUUCGUUUACCGUUUCA